AUGGCGAUGAUGCGGACCAGGACCAAAAGCCGAGGUAUGUGCCUCUGCCUUCUCGGGAUUGCAUUGGCGCUGCUCGUGCAGCCGAGCACGGACUUUGCUCGAGGAGUUCCUGGGCUGAAGGACAGCAUAUUGGCAAAACGGCACCCGUUGCAUGCCGGAGUCGCUCGGCGCGCCGGGGCUGCGCAAGAGGACAACAGUGGCCAGGACUGGCGCGAUCUUGAGGAGGCGGCGGACCAGAGAAUGCGGGCCGAGUUCGUGGAAGAGGACCUGCUCCUGGCGCGGCAGCAGCUGCAAUUUGCUCUGGAGGAGCAAGAGACGGCCCAGGCGCAGGUCGCGACAGCCCAGGAGCAGGUCGCGACAGCCCAGGAGCAGGAAGCAAUUGCGGUGAGGCGUCUCGCUCGGGCGGAGGAAUCGGGCGAUGCGAAAAAGGUGCAGGCGGCGGAGAGGAAGGUGCAGGUGGCGGAGAGGAAGGUGGAGAGGGCGAAGAAGGAGGUCCAGGAGGCGGAGAGGAAGGUGGAGAAGGCGAAGAAGGAGGUGGAGAAGGCGGAAAGGAAGGUGGAGAGGGCGAAGAAGGAGGUCAAGGAGGCGAAGGCAAGCGGCCGGACGAAGGAGUCCGAGGUGGACAUUGCUGAGGCGUUGGCCGAAAUGCUGUUCAACACCACGGACACCCAGUGGCCGCUGGUCAGCGCCAAGUAUUCUGCAGCUUCCAGCAGCAUCAUAGACCUGAGCCGUGGCGCUUUCAGAGGAGUACUGCCAGUAGGCAAAGAGGACAAGGCCCAGUUGCUCGACCGCCAAGAAGAGGUUGCUUUCAUUGUGCAGCAACUCAAGAUGCGAGCGGACGAUUUGAAAGGUCGAAUGGGCACUGACAAGCGAGCUUCCCCAGCAAUGGUAGUAGCACAGGCCCCUGGCUCUGGCAAAAGCCACUUCCUGGCCAAGUUGGGCGAGCAGCUGCCGAGCCUGUACGACUUGGAGGGCAAUAACCAAACACCUAUCGUUAGCGCAUUCACCUACAACUCCGGGAUGAGCACAGCUUUGAAACAUGAAUCCGGCAAGACGGACGUUUUGGCCGACUUGGCCUUGCGAAUCAUCUAUGGCGCGGCGAGGCACAUGACUGAGAACGGAUGCCAGUGCUGCAGCUGGGAUGGCUUCUUGCAUGAACUUCGCAGUGCAAGGCGCAAUGAGAUUCUGGCCACCCUGCGAAGCGACCCAACGUUUGCGGUCAAGCUGCUGCGCAACUGGUAUGGAGCCCGCCCUUUGGUGAUCCUUGCCGACGAGGUUGGCAAGUCUGAAGACGAAGCUGCGGUGCGACAUUGUCUGUGCAACUCCAUGGACACCUGGGGCGGGCAAGCUUUCGUGGUUAUGUCGGCGCUGAGUGAAUAUGACGAACUGAAGGCAAUGUUCAAUGGCAGCCAGCGAGACUACCACAUCCUGGCGUUGCGGACCCUGGAUUGUGACACCUUCAGGCUUUUUAGCGCAAUGCUUCAAAAGCUGAAUGACAAGCAGAACGCAAGCGUGAAGAGAAAUAUCCUUGAGUACCGCAUCGCACUUGCCUGGGGCACCACUGGAGGCUACGCAAGAGCCGUUGAGAUUUUGGCAGAGUACAUCGGGAGAGCAGAGCUGGGUGCUGGGUUGGUUCUCAAAAUGGCUUUGGACCACCUUGCCAAGGUAAAUCAUCCCCUUCCUCCAAGUUUCACAUUGGAGGUUUUGGAGGAAGUGCUUGCAGUGUGGGAGGACGAUUCACGAAUGUUUUCCUUGGACAAACUCUUGGCAUACAGUGCUCGUUUUGCCAAAGCCAUCUACACAGGGAGCGUCCUUCUGGAGUCACUUCAGUUGGGAGCAGGAUACUAUCCGACUGUGGCGUCGUGGCAUGCGGCCCAACUCUUUUGCAGCCCUGUAAGGCGAGAAAAGGAAUUGCUUGGGAUUCUUCCCAGAUGUCGGAAGCUGAUGGAGAUGGCAGGCCAAGCAUACAAGAGCAAGGUUGCUGCCGUAAAUCAAGAUGAGGAGUUGGAGAUAAUAAAGCAGGCGAGCGCAUACCUCACUGAAGUCGCAGCAGCUUUCGGUGUCAUGAUUGCCAUCGUGAAGAAGUAUGAGAAGCUGCCACCAGCGCUCCUUCAGGGGGCCUGCCAAAGCAUUUGUGACAUUGGCUUUGAUGAUUCGCUUGCGCAGAAGUCAGACCUUGCGACACGAGGCGAAGAGGAUGCACCCCAAAAGCUCAAGGCGCUCGACUUUGUCAUAUACUGCAAGGACAAGCAAGCUUUGGUGGCGGUUCAAGUAAAGUCCGACACGCCCAGCAAUCGAAAGACGGCGCCGGUGGACGUCAGCGUGGCCUGGAUGCGCCGCGAAGUUGACUGUGAGCCAGAGAACGAUGCCGAUGACGAGGCUUCGGACGUUGAGCGACCGGACAUGCCUGGCUUUGAAUGGCUUCGUGAUUUCCAGAAGGCGUCCUUGCCGACCAAGAAGCUUUGCUUGCUGCCUUUGAGGAUUUGCCGGAGGCUGGCUUUGGCCUUGACCCGACACCUCACCUGCUUGACAUGCCCCGUAGCAUUCCUUGCCUCCAUUUGUGGCAAGGCUUUUCGUGUUAGCCACAACCUGCAGUGGCCGGACGAGCUGCGGCUCCUGGAGCUUGGCGCAUGA